AUGCUGAAUGGAAUUACAUCUCGCGCAAACACACUCAAGAGUCUGUCAUCAUUGCCAAUCUGCUUAGCCAUUCGAUCUAUCACCACUUCGCAACCUUUACUCAGUAAGCAAGAAGAUAAACAAUUAACAGAAGCACUACGAGGCCAGACCGAGUCCAACGGAGGCAAUCCGAUGGCGAAGAAGGAGCCCUCGAUCCCGCGACCAAGCGCCAGCGUACUACUUGUCUCACCUAACAACCAAGUCCUUCUCUUGCAACGAGUGAAGCAAUCCUCAUCCUUCCCGUCAGCACACGUCUUCCCCGGUGGCAACGUCUCGACCUUUCACGAUGGCGAACCGGCUGCCCCUGAGUCGCCGGAACGACAUAUAGACAGCGAAGUCUACCGUAUGGCCGCUGUUCGGGAGACGUUCGAGGAGUCUGGGAUCCUGCUCGCACGCAACAAUGGCUUCGGCAGGUUACUGGAAGUGUCAGAUGCCGAGCGAGACGAGGGACGUCGGCUUGUACAUGGCAACAAAGUACCAUUUACCAAGUGGCUGUCACAGAAAGGUGGACGGGCAGAUCUAGAAGGACUGGUGCCUUUCACGAGAUGGGUGACGCCGACGAAUGUGCCUAAGCGCUUCACGACACAAAUGUACUUGUACUUCCUACCUACCUUGAACUCGACGCCACUAUCAGAAGCCGCAUCGCAGGACGACGAUGAAGCGGAAGUACGCAUUCCGGUACCUACCACCGAUGGUGGGCUCGAGCAUACCAAUGCAAGAUGGUUGCCAGCAUCAGCCUGGCUUCGCCUAGCCCAAGAAGGCCGCAUAAUCUUGUUCCCGCCACAAUUCUUCCUCCUCCACCAGGUGGCUCAGCACUUCGACAAUCUCUCAAGUCCCACAGCAUACGGUUCGAUCUCGCGGGAAAGCAUACCGCGAGAUGAGCUCGAAGCUCGACGGAAACGCUUGUCUGACUUCGUCAAGACUGGCGAUCCGCCGUGGACGGAGAAGUGCAUUUCGCCUUCUGUCCAGCCGCGCCGAGAUGGUAAGCGGAGGGAGGAUGGCAGGGUAGUGCUCGGGCUAAAUCGACCUGGGCCAGAGCUCGAAGCGUCGAAGACUGGACGGAAAGGAGUGGUGGAGCAGUGUGUGUUGGUAGACUUCAAGAAGGAUGGGCCGAGGAGGUUGGCCGUGAUCUCGAGGGAGGAGGCGAUGGGAGGGGAGUCGAAGUUGUAG